UCACGUGAUUGGUGUCGCGGGGGCGGGGCUCCCUGCCGGUGGGGGUCGCUCUCUGCCGCUAGCGGUGGUGAGGAUCUGCGCCGUGCCGGCAUGGGUCGCGCCUGGCAGGCGCUGCGGGCCCUGCGCCUGCGGCUCCUCGGGCCCGAGAAGGAGCUGGUGGGCACCGACCAGUUCGGCAAUAAGUACUACCGCGUGCCCCAGUACCAGACCGGUGCAGGGCACAUUAAACCUGAAAGAAGGUUUGUAGAAGCAGUGAACCGGCAAGCAUAUCAGUAUGAGAUGGGCGACUUUCCAACAGAAUGGGAAGCUUGGAUAAGAAAAAAAAGAAAGGAUCCACCCACCAUUGAGGAGAUUCUUAAGAAUGAGAAUUAUAGGCAAGAAAUGAAACAGAAAGUCAAAGAUGUGUAUGAACAGGAUAAGCUCCUUCAGACCAAGGAAUACAAGGAGGGACUUGUUGCUGAACCAGUUCAUACUCAGGUUAAAGGCCAUGCGUCAGCUCCCUACUAUGGAAAGAAAGAGCCAUCCCAAGACCCAACAAGCACUGCGAGCACAUUUCAGCCGGGUUCCUGGAUGCCACCAGGCAGUGACAGUAGUAAAAAAAAAUAACCAGCUUUAACGUACAGAUACUGCCAAUGGAUAAAUGCUUUAAUAGGCAGCAUAAACAGCUGUUGAAUAUAGUGAGUGUGCAAUAAAGUACUAUUAAAACCGAGUUUCAUUUAUUUCUGCAAAAUUGCUGGCUUAAUUGUGCCAAACUAGUCUAAAAUGUUUGAUGUAGUAAAUGUGGUAAAUUUCGGUUAAUUAGUACACACAUGCUUCUCAUACAUAGGUUUAAAGUAGUUCUUAAUUCCUGUUAAUUCCCUUGCUGAACUUGCAAGCUUCUUAUAAUUGGACAGAAAAGUUCAUUUCACUAACAGGAAUCACUGCGAUACUGCAGUAAUUUUAAAGACAUUCUUGUGAUUUACUUUAAUAAAGGAAUUAACGUAUUUGA